AUGAUCCGGCAAGAGCCGAAAGUCCAUUUUCUCUAUGAAAAUGUGAGUUUGGGCUCGUUUCUCGACUCGGUGCCCACGUGCGAAGAGGUCGAAUUCGCCGCGUUUGAGGACGUUCACGCGUGAGUUUCACUCGAUCUCGAAUGCACUUUUACAAAAAGUAUUGUGAAAAUUCGAAGCCACGGCGACCAAAAUCGUAGAAAGGGGCGUGGCCUAGCGUGCACGGUUUAUCAUCAUUUUGGCGCGAAAUUCGAAAUUUAACUCCAUUUUUCAUGUUUUUCGUCAAAAAUUACCCGAAUUUUGUACGAUUUCGACGAUGCGAUUGCAUAACUUUGUUAAACUAAUCAUCGCGCGCACUUUUUGAGCUUAAAACGAGCAGGUUUCAUUCAGAAAUGAAUCAAUUGAAUCGAUUUUCAAGUUUUUUGCUGAAAAUGCGCGAAUUUCAGUCAUUCGCCGACACUUUUUGCCGUUUGAAGGCUUAAAAAACUUGUAUUAACGUGCUUAAUCACUUCCGAAACACUCACUUCGUCUCAAAAAUAUCCAGAUCGGCCGGUAUGAAAAUUCCGAAAUUACGGCGGCGAUUGGGCGUAUUGCGAAAUAUGCCAAAAACGUCUCAAACGCGGCGUUUUCACGAAAAUUGCAAUGUUUUCUCUCUUUAAUGUCUCUUCUUUCGUCGAUAUCAAACACAAAAAUAUCGGAAAAGUGCUGGAAUUGCGGCAAUUUUCAGAAAACGCGUCUCAGAUUAGGCCACGCCCAUUUCUACACUUUUGGUCGCCGUGAUAUUGUGAAAAUUCGAUGUGCAUUUGAAAAGUUUAAUGCCGCGUCCAAAGUCUCGGAAAACCGGAAAAACCGCAGGUUUAUCUGUCCAAAUUCGACCGAAAUUCGCGUGAAAAAUACGGGGGUGCGCACAGCUCAACGAAUGUAACCGUACGCCUAAAACUACGGUUUUUUUGUUGAAAAUUUGUUAUUAUAGGGGCACCGAACAGAAAGGGCGCUCUGUUGAGAAACUAUUUUUGCAGUGCAAAUUGAGCAGCGACCUCGGGGCCGAGUUUGAAAAGUUAGGCCACGUUUUCAGUGGAAAAUUACUUCGCGGCCUAGAAAUUCUGCCAGAUUGCGAACAGCGCGCCCUUUCUGUCCGGUGCCCCUAUAAUAAUUUCUUGAGGAUCAUUGAAAAUAUUCAAUUUUCUUACGCAAAUUUUCAAAAAAUACCGUAGUUUUAGCUGUGCGCACCCCCGUGUUUUUCACGCAAAUUUCGGCCGAUUUUGGACAGAUAAACCUGCGCUUUUUACGGUUUUCCGAGACUUUGGACGCGGUUUAGCGGUGACAGAGCAAUAUGGGGGCUACAGCGAGCUUAGUACGUGUUGCUUCGAGACAAUGUAGUAGCUCAGCUGUCUGUGGAGACAUGAAAGUUGACAACUUUUCGAUAUCUCCGCGUACAACUGAGAUAAAUCGUCUCAUCAUUUGUUCCUCUCAUUUCUCAUUUUCAGCAAGAGCAGCCUGCGAAUCGGCAAAAACGCGGACCUCGAGAUCCGUUUGCGCCGUGACGGUCCGCCGCAGGAUCAGUGGCUCGCCAAGGGCGUCAUCCGCAUUCUGCUCUGGAACUCGGACGUCCAAAUCGACGGCUUCUACCCGGCCAACUUCUGCAACGAGAAGCCGUUCCACGUCGUCGACCUGAUGAGCCGAAAGUCUCUUCAGUCGGAGGUCGGCGAGGAGGUUUUCAACGUGGACGUGUCGAUCAAGUUUGACAAGUGGGAGGGUCUGAAAGUGAUCAAACUGUUCCAAUUCGACCAUCGCUACCUGGAUUCGAACUUGAAUUUGAACGUGCAAGGACACGAUUUCUACGUGCGCUCCAAGACGGUCUUCAAGGAGAUUCCGGCGCUCCGUGAGUAUUUGGAGCAGAAUUUCGAGGCGGGAACGAAGCAAUAUGUGAUUAGUGAUUUGCAAGGAGAGAAGAGCAUGCCCGCGUUCGAGACCAUGCUCCAGGUCGCCUUCCGAUGCAGUUUCAUCACCAAUUGUGAGUCACGUCUCACGGUUUUCAGAGCUGACAAUGGGCGCAAGUGCGCCCCGCCCAAUAGAGCGAUACAUUGGUGCGAAAUUCAAAUUUUUACAGCAAAAUUUGUGUUUUUUGCCAGAUUAGCCACGAAAAACCGAUAAUUUCUCAUUUGUCUCUCGAAAGACCUAUUUUGUAGGCUAAUACGAAUUUUUUAAGCGCAAGAGCGUUAAAUUUGGUCAAGUCGCAAAUCACAUUUAUCCGUUUGAAGGUUUUUGGCUAAAACUGCGUGAAUUUCAGUUGCUUUUCGGUAGUUUUCGCGGUUCGAGCGCUCAAAAUGCUUGUAUUUACGUGAUUUAUCAUUCUCAAAACCAAUUCUGUCUGAAAACGGUCAAGAAAGCGCAAAAUGAGAAGUGCGGUUUUUAGGCGGCGAUCGGCGGCGAAGGCGAAAAAGCAAAGUCCGCGAAAAAUGCGCCAAGAUGUAAUUAAUUCUGAGAAUUAGUGUGUUUUCAUGUCGAGCAAUCAUUUUUCAUCGCCUUUGACGACAAAAAUCAGAAAAAACCUGCUCAAUUCAUGAAUACGCCAUUUGGCCGAGGCCACGCCCAUAUUGUCAGCUCUGGAGACCGUGACGUCUUUCUAAAAAAACGCUAUUGUCGGACUUUCAGUGCACGAGGUCGGAGAGGUUCUCUCGUUGGCGUUCCGCUUCGACUACCCGCAACUGAAGAAGAAGUGCGAGUAUUAUCUGAUGAACGAGCCGGAGUCCGAGUGGUUCCAGAAGUUGGCCUUUGCCGAUCUUUACGAUCUUCCGUUGCUCAGAGUGAGUUCGGUCUCUUGUACUAUGGCAUCCUAAACACUUUUUCUUUAGCAACACGUGCUCGACAACACGGUCGGCCUUCGUCAAAUCUGCAAGCACCUCCAUUACCACCGCUUCCUCUCCACCGAAACGCUGCGCUCGAUUCUGGCGAAGGCGCUCGAGAUGAGCGAUCUGAAGCAGUUCGGGGAGGAGCCGCCGAGUGGUUGGCAGACGCCGUGCCUCCACAAGAUCACCGAAAACCGGUGGGAACGGCUGAAACGCGUGCCGGUGGUCGGAGGGAUCGUCGGCGAACCGGAUGUGACUGAGGCCGUCGAGAAGUUCGAGAGCACUUUUAUGCCGAAACACUUUGGCGUCGAGCUCAUCACUCCACACUUCUCGUUUGCCGAGAAGAAGUUGAAGUGAGUUGCGUUUGGCUCUCGAGCUACAGUAGCACUUUACAGUCUGUUCAACUACAACAUCCAACUGGGACCGGAUCAUCGUCUGCUCUACAAGCUCGAGUGGAACAACGUGCAGCCGGCGAAUCUCGUGUGGUCCGUCGACGCGACCGUCCUCAUCCGCAUGCAAUAUCUGGGCAGCCAUAGCUGGGAGCACUCGGAGCGCGUCUGCUUCGACUACGACCAUCAGUCGAUCUUCUUCGACGGACUGCAUAUUCAGAAGGUGUUCCCCGGCGGCGUCGAGCAUCUUCUCGACGGCCUCGGCAGCAAUCCGACGCUGCCGAUGGUCGAGAUGCUGGUGAUGGUGCAGAAGAUUCGCGGACUGCAGCUGGAUCCGAAGGAGAUGGUCGAGGAGAUGGACGACGAGUGGAUCCUGCAGCCGGCGCGCAACUCUCCGAUCGUCUGCUGCGGAAAGUACGUGUACGUGGACAAGGAUGUGCUGCGCGCCAAGUCGCGAAUCUUCUCGAAGAUCUUCGAGCAGACGUACGAGCCGAUCACGAUUCCGUUGCUGCCCGAGAAGUUCGACGUGUUCGCCGGUUUCCUGGACAUUCUCCACGGCGAAGACGUCCAUUUCAACUACCAGAACGUGUUUCUGAUCGCCGAAUUCGCUCGUUGCUAUCAGGUCGAGGAUUUGCUCAAUCGGGUCGUCGAUUGGCUCAUCGAAGAGCCCGGAAUGAGCAAAAUUCAGAAGCUCGAGCUCUCAGUGAUCCACGCGAUUCCGGAGCUUCAGGUGUGAAGCGCGUCUUCUAAGACUAGACGCCACACAACAAAUGUUUUUUUGCAGAAAUUCGUCACCGAGAACAUUGUCUCGCUGGACGAGCUGCUCGCGAUGCUCGAAGGCCUUCCGAACUUUAGCCGCCGCGUGCUCCAGCUCCUGCAGGACCGCAUGUGCACGCUGCCGCUGCCCUCGAACAACAUUUUCGAAGAGUAG